AUGAGUUUUUUGAGACACAAAAUUGGAAGGGAAUUUUGCAUUAAUAGUUGGGCUCAUAUCUCUAAGGCCUCGCGGAGAUCCUCUCAAAUAACAGAAAAGUAUUUAAAACCUAUCUAUAGAUCUAAAUAUGAGUAUCCAAAGUUUAAAAUUCCAUCUAUUGAUUUGGUGAUAGAUAUACAAGAAAAUUUCACGAUAGUUAAAUCUCUACUUACUAUACAACCCCUAGAAAGAAGUAGCAGUUCUAACUUACACUUAAAUGGUCAUCCAAAUCUUAAUUUAAUUUCUGUUAAAUUAGAUGGAAGAUAUCUGGAAAAUACUCCGGAACAAUAUCAAAUUCUAAAGGGAUCACAUUCAAACGUAGAUAAUGAACUUGUGAUUGCCUCAAAAUGCCUUAAAAAUUCACCGGAAUUUAAAUUAGAGACUCUUGUAAAAAUAGUACCAGAAAGAAACACACACAACAUGGGUUUAUACUAUUCUAAUGGCAUUUAUUCUACUCAAUGUGAACCUAGUGGAUUUCGAGAAAUUACAUAUUUUAUGGAUAGACCUGAUAUUAUGUCAAAAUAUAAGGUAAGGAUAGAGGCUGACAAAGUAAAGUGUCCUUUGCUGCUAUCCAAUGGAAAUUUGGUUGAAAGUGGAGAUAUUAUUCGAAAUGAUGAGAAAGAGGCUACGAGGCAUUAUGCAACUUAUAUCGAUCCAUAUCCUAAACCCUGUUAUUUAUUUGCAUUAGUUGCAGGGGAUUUGUCUUAUAUACAGGAUAGCUACACAACUGGAAUUAAUAAGCGUCUUGUGAAGUUAUUUAUAUAUAGUAGACCAGAUUAUGUAAAUCGUUUAAAAUUUGCAAUGGAUUGUCUCAAGUUAGCUAUGAAAUGGGAUGAAGAGAAGUUUGGUUUGGAGUAUGACUUGGAUAUAUUUAACAUUGUAGCUGUAGACUAUUUCAACUUUGGUGCUAUGGAGAAUAAGAGUUUAAAUAUCUUUAAUGUUAAUAAUUUAUUAUUCUCUGAAGAGCUCAGCACUGAUAGUGAACUUGAGAAUAUAUUGGGGAUAGUUGGGCAUGAAUAUUUUCAUAAUUAUACUGGUAAUAGAGUAACUUGUCGUGAUUGGUUUCAGUUGACACUAAAAGAAGGUCUUACGGUGUACAGAGAUCAAGAAUUUUCAUCGGAAUUUUUGUCUAAAAUUCAUACUCGUAUAGGCAAUAUAAGAUAUCUUCGAUCAAAACAAUUUUUAGAGGAUUCUAGUCCUUUGGCCCAUUCUAUUCGUCCCAAUUCUGUAAUGAACUUUAAUAAUAUAUAUUCAAGUACUGUAUAUCAGAAAGGAGCUGAAGUUAUAAGGAUGUAUGCAACUAUACUAAGUAAGGAAGGUUUGAGAAAAGGUAUGGAUUUGUAUUUUAAUCGGCAUGAUGGACAAGCUGUAACUUGUGACGACUUCCAUCAAGCUAUGGUAGAUGCAAAUAAUGUUGAUUUGGCUCAAUUCAAACAUUGGUAUGACCAAUGUGGAACUCCUAAAGUUCAAGUAGAGCUUACAAAUUACGACAAGACAGUAAAAAGAUUUUCGAUUACUUUGAGCCAAAACUGUGAUUUUAGUAAUAUUAAUACUGGUGUGCACAAGCCACUUUAUAUUCCAAUUGUAAUAGGUUUAUUAAGUAGAAAUACUGGUCAGGAGCUUUUAAGAUCUACUACUGUUGUAUUAGAUUCUGCUAGGAAAACUUUUACAUUUAAUGAUAUUGAAGAUGAACCAAUAGCUUCAAUAUUGAGGGAAUUUUCUGCCCCAGUAAAAUUGAAAUAUAAGACUCCAAUGAGUGAUGAAGAUCUUUAUUUUAUAUUUAAACAUGAUACAGAUUAUUUUAACCGUUUUGAAUCAAUUCAAAAUUUAUAUAAACGUUUCAUAGAAUAUUCAAUGAAUGAUAAUAAAAGACCAUAUCCUAUCAAUUACAUAAGUAAAUCAAUAUUUUGCAUUUUAAAUUUUUUGGAUAACAAGAACAACAGUAAGGACUUCCAGAAGGACUUGGAAUUUUGCAUAGAAGCUCUAACACUUCCUAGUUAUGAUGAGAUUACUGCAGAGCUAUCUAGGAUAGAUGUUGAUCAGUUGAUAUAUGCCAGGAAGAACCUUCAAAAAAGUAUAGCAAAGCUUUUUUCUUCUCAAAUAAGUGACAUAUAUCACAAAAUUUUCAUAGAGCUCUCGCUUGAAGUUUCACAAAUAGGGAAUUUUAUUCAUGAAUCUGGAUGUAUAAAUCAUAAAGUAGUAACAUUGAGACGACUAAAUAACAUUCUGUUAUCAUAUAUCUCGGCUAUAGAUCCCAGUUUAGCAACUUCACUAGCAUCAAUGCAAUUUCAUGACAGUAAAUCAAUGACAUCAAAGUUGGGGGCAUUGUCUAUUUUAUUAGAUAUAGGGUUUGACUUGCCUCAAACAGAAGUUGCUUUAAGAACAUUAUAUGAACUUUGCAAUGAUAAUCCAAUUUCUCUGAACAAAUUUUUUGCUAUACAAGCUUCUUCUAGCAAUUUGGAAACUUGCAACUAUAUAGAAAAAUUGGCUAAACAUGCCGAUUUUAUAAGAGAAUUUAAAAAUCCAAAUCGUUUCAAAUCAUUGGUUGGUACUUUUGCAAAUAACUUUGUGGUUUUUCAUAAUGAAUCAGGUGAUGGAUAUUUAUUUGUUGCAAAUAUGAUCAUUAAUAUUGAUAGAUUCAAUCCAUCUAUUGCAGCAAGUACUGCUAGAGCAUUUUCAGAGGUACAUAAGGUAUCAGGAAAACGAAAUUUUUUAAUGAAGAAACAAUUGGAAAGAAUAUUAAAAGAACCAGCACUCUCUAAAGAUACUAAGGAAAUAGUAGGUAAAAUUUUGGUUGGUAUAUAG